UUGGCAUAAUUUGUCCUAAAAUCCGGAUCAAAAAUGGCGACAUUUCUUUUUGGAAUAUUGCUAAUUACGUGUUUAGGCAACACUAGAAGUGAAACUGACUGCGUGUCUGAAAAGAGGUUUAAUGAACUUGAAGAAAUUAUCCGCGUAAAGUUUGAGGACUUAAAAAAUGAAAAUAAUGAACUGAAAGAGAAAUUGCUGGCUCUUGAAACGAAACUUGAAUAUUAUGAAAGUCAUAGAAAGGAAUCUCCUGCUGAUCAAGAUAUUCUAGAUGAAAUUAACACUCCUGUAGACGAGAGUGUUACUGACAUCCGCAACAGAAUCAACCGAGGCAUUGAGUCUAAAACCAUAUCUGGUAAACUCAAACGACAAGAGUCAACAAACAUCGCAUUUUACACCUACCUAGGCGGAAAGCGCUGCUAUGGAAACCAUGAAACAUUUGUUUAUGACGUUGUGGAAACUAACGUCGGCAAUGGUUACAAUUCUCGGGACGGGAUAUUUGACGUUCCUGUGACAGGGGUGUAUGUCUUUACUGCGACCCUGGUGCCUGAUUUCCACCAGCACCUUCAAGCAGAGAUCAUAGUUGACGGUGUAGUAAAGGGAAUCAUUUUCACAGAUUCUGAAGAAAUUAACGAUAUUCAUCAAGCAAGCACCUCCAUUAUCGUGCAUGUCAACGCCGGGGACCACGUCUAUAUCCGACGCGGUAGAAGCAAUUCGUGUAAUGUCAUCAGUGACACUACGUUGGUAAGAACUACUUUCGCUGGAUGGCUGCUUUUCUAACUACUUGU